CUUCAUCCACAGAUGCCCAAGAAAUUGCGGAACAAGUGACAGCAUCAUGACUUUUGAGGACUUCCAAGAAUCUUUGAUCGACUCCGCCCUUCAGACCAUCCAAAAGCAUGAAGGUAUUCUGAAGGAAUUGAACCACCAGAUCUGGUCAAAUCCAGAACUGGCUUACGAGGAGCACAAUGCACAUCAAAGUAUCUGCGAUCUGUUUGAGAAACUCAAUCUUGAAGGUUAUCACAUAAGUCGGGGCGUCUAUGGCCUCAAGACCGCAAUGAGAAUCGAAUAUAGACAAGGCCCGUGCCCUGGAAGACGAGUGGUUGCCUUCAAUGCAGAAUAUGAUGCCUUGCCGGAGAUCGGUCAUGCAUGCGGCCAUAAUCUCAUCACAACUAGCUCAGUGACUGCAUUCAUUGCGACAUGCGAGACAAUGAGAUCGUUCUUUCCAGAAAAAUCAAAAUUUGCUGUUCGGCUGCUUGGUACCCCAGCUGAAGAGGCCGGUGGGGGCAAGGUGCAGAUGUUACAACAGGGCGCAUAUAGUGAUGUCGAUGCAUGCCUGAUGGUCCAUCCCAUGCCAAUUGCAUCUGGUGAUCCUCAUCUAUUGAGCGUGGCAACUGGGCUGGCGGGAGGUUUCCUGGCAAUUGAUGAGGUACGUGUAACCUUUAUCGGUAAGCCUGCCCAUGCGACAGCGGCUCCCUGGGAGGGUAUAAAUGCCCUUGAUGCGGUCGUCGCUGCCUAUCUCAAUGUGUCCCUCCUUCGACAGCAGAUGCUGCCCUCACAAAGAGUCCAUGGGAUCAUUGUCAGUGGAGGAGACCGGGCUAACAUCAUCCCGAUGUCCGCAACCAUGGAAUAUUCCAUGCGCUCUCCUACAUCUGAAAGCCUGAAUGUCCUCAAAAAGAAGCUCACAGACUGCUUGGAGGCUGCUGCGACAGCAACUGGCUGUGAACUAGAGCUGAAAUGGGGAGUUGGCUAUGCGGACUUGAAGCCCAACCCGACCAUUUGUAGAAGCUAUGUCAGUGCUCUGAAAGCGAUGGGUCAUCAUGCAGUUCUCGACGGUUCGAAUAUCGAGGGAGUCUUGAAUGGCGGCUCCACCGACAUGGGGAAUGUUUCUCAUGCCGUGCCUGGCUUCCAUGCUAUGUUCGCUAUUCCAACUGAGGGAGUGAAUCAUACACCUCAGUUCACUGCAGGUGCUGGGUCGGCAGAGGCAUUUAAACGGAGCCUUGCAUGUGCGGCAGGAAUGGCUGUCACCGCUUGUCAAAUUUUGGUCGACGAUACUUUUGCCGCGCAGGUCAGGAGCGACUUCGACUCGGGUGUUUAGUCUGAUAUAGAGGUUAAAGAAUCAGUGUGAAAGCUCAUCCUAUUAGAGUGUCAAGAGAUGACACCCUACA